UUUUAAUUUAAAGUGAACGCCCCAAGAAAUGUAAAAUUAAGUAGUAAAGUGAAUUCAUUCUGUAAACAAUAGUAGGUAGUUAUUAGUUAAAGUUAUGCUAAUGACUGUAAACUGAUCAAGACGCGAUCACACAAUUGACGUAAUUUAUUUUAGAUUGCAUUUAUAAUGUCUGUUGGUGCUAGUGCUGACAAUCUAGAUACACAGAGUUGUGAUGGGGGCUCCAUGUGUCUGGAAUUGGCUUUGGAGGGUGAGAGGUUAUGUAAAGCUGGUGACUGCCGUGCCGGAGUAGCCUUUUUUCAGGCUGCAAUUCAAGCAGGCACAGAUGACUUGAAAACAUUAAGUGCAAUAUAUAGCCAACUUGGCAAUGCAUAUUUCUAUUUGGGUGAUUAUAGCAAAGCUAUGCAGUAUCAUAAGCACGACCUAACAUUGGCAAGGACAAUGAAUGACAAGUUAGGCGAAGCAAAAGCGUCCGGCAAUCUUGGAAACACACUAAAAGUGAUGGGAAAAUUUAGUGAAGCAAUACAAUGUUGCAAACGACAAUUAGAGAUAUCUAGAUCGAUUGGCGACAAACUGAGUGAAGGGCGUGCGCUGUACAACCUUGGGAACGUGUACCAUGCUCAGGGCAAGCAUUUGGGUCGAGUUGGACAGAAUGAUCCAGGACACUUUCCUCAAGAAGUGCGUGACAGUCUUAUGCAAGCUGUUACUUUUUAUGAGGAAAAUCUUGAACUAAUGCGUGGUGUGGGAGACCGUCAAGCUAUGGGUCGAGCGUGUGGAAAUCUUGGCAAUACUUGCUACUUGCUCGGUGAUUUCUCGCGAGCAAUACGAUACCAUACAGAUCGUCUUCGCAUAGCUCAGGAAGUUGGUGACAAGGCGGCCGAAAGAAGAGCUAACAGUAACCUCGGGAAUUCACACAUCUUCCUCGGACAGUUUGAGAAUGCUGCGGAACAUUAUAAGCAGACGCUAGCAUUGGCAGAAGAAUUAGGCGAUGCCGCGGUCGAAGCACAAGCUUGUUAUUCUUUAGGGAACACCUACACACUACUUCGAGAAUAUCGUAUCGCUGAGGAGUAUCACGUGCGGCAUCUGGCAGCGGCCAGGAAACUUCAAGAUCGUGUUGGUGAAGGCAGAGCGUGUUGGUCUCUUGGUAACGCGCACGCCGCACUGGGCAAUCAUGAGAAAGCGUUGUACUACGCUAAGGAGCAUUACAAUAUAUCGAAGGAGCUGGGUGACGUCCUCGGUAUGGCAACUGCACAAAUGAACAUCGGAGAUUUGUGCAAAGUGCUCGGACUUCCUAUCGACACAGUACCAUCACCCCCCAAUUCUGGUGCUGAUACCGCACCCAGGAUGCCUUUCAAUGCACUGAGGGUCCGAAGGCAAAGCAUGGAACAGUUAUCUCUUAUACAGAUAACACCGGACUCAAAGAAGAAAGACGGGGGCAGGGAAGGUUCUCUGAUUCGCGUAGAAUCAGAAGAGAAUGAGUGCCCAGCCGAUCUCUUUAUGGAACUCAUUGCGAAGAGUCAAUCCCACCGCAUGGACGAACAACGAGCUACACUGGAUAAGGAGAAUAGGCCACAAGAAACAGCGGCAUCGAAUACAGAGAAUCAAAGCGAAGCAAUGUUGAAUAUGAUAUCCCAACUGCAAUCGGAGCGGAUCGACUCUCAACGCGCAGAGCUGCGACCCGUCAAAAAGGUGAAAGAAAGCAAGGGUGCCUCGCUACCAGGUCUAAGAACUCAACAAACCACAAGCAUCAAACCAGAGGACGACUUCCUGGAAAUGAUUGCACGUGUCCAGGGGAGCCGUCUGGAAGACCAACGCUCUGAACUCCCUCGUCCGAAGCCGAAAUCAACGGUACCGGAUGAUGACUUCUUCACUCAGUUGAUGAAGGCACAAUCCGGCCGUCUCGAUGAUCAGAGAGCCACUAUUCCACUGAAGGAUAACCGACAGAACAAGAAUGAGACAUUAGAAAAUAAGUAGGUUUGUUCUAUGUUGAAUUUAUGUUAACAUCGAAUGUUAUCAAAGAAACCAAAGAGUUUAUAUAUUGGCCUUAGAGCGCUCUGUUGUUACGUUAAGCUCUAGAAUUAUGACUGAAAACAUAAUGGUCCUCAUUGCGACAUUCUGAUAAAAUAUUCUUCGUGUUCUAACAUUGUAUAUAAACUCUUUGAGCUGGCCUAACGUUUUAUUACUUGUUUAUAAAAUGGUGUCUAGACUAUACACCUAUUUACUUGAUUAUAUUCAGAUAACUUAUUAAGUCAUAAAACACAUGAUUUAUAACAUAAUAAAUAAUUCACCAUGGGGGUCGUGACGAAAAAUGUUGUGUUGCCCCGAAUGUUGUUACAAACGAAUUUGAUAGGCUAUAGAAAUUGCAUGACUAGAACAUUCAUUGGCAAUUAUUUUUGUGAAAAUGUUCAGACUGUAAACGACAAUGCUUAUAAAAAGUGCUAGCCCUUUUUGCGAAUAUUUUUUUUUCUUGCUGUUGACUUUAAUCUAGAUUAUUAUUAUAUUAUGUUUAUAUUUCACACGAGUACUAAGACAUUAUACAUUAAAUUAACUAAUAUAAAAAACUAUGGCUAUUAAUAUUUACAAAUAUUGUUUUAUUAUAAUAACUAGUUGCAAGUAAUGUUUUAAGAGAAUUUAAAUAGUUGUAUAAGCUAGUGAGGGAGUGUGAAAGUGAAAACGUUAUAUACUACUUAUGUCGAUCACUAGGUGUCCGCGGUGCCAUAUAUCAUCGGUUCGGACAACGCGUCAGUUAUAUCAUUUAGCCAUCUUUAAAAAUACACCCUAGAUGUAGGUUUUCGGUGAAAUGCGUGUUUGUUUCUUACUGAUAAUAUACCUAAUAGAUAACUACAAAUAAAGUAAUAUUUAUGUAUCGUAUCUUAUCUAUAUGACAAGAAAAAGAAAACAACAUAAACAUACAUCCGUUUCAUUCUCACAACCGGACGUGGCUGUAGGCAAUGACCUAAUUAUUCAUAUAUUGACUCAUUAUUUAUCAUGCAUUUAGCGGUCAUCGUGUGUUUGACAUUAGUUAAACUGUUUCUUUGGCUAAAAGGUGCAUAUAUUCAACGCGCAGUUAAAAUAUAAGUAUUAGUAUAGCUAUGGGGCUUGAGAUCAGCAGCAGUUUUAAUUCUAUGAGCGUAUUCGUAAUGACUUAUCGGGAGCUUAAAACUUCGCUAAUAAUUGUUUGAUAAAAAUCGUAUUCAUAAUCGCAUAAGAGCUUAAACACUAUCCUUCUGAUAAUGUUGAUAAGUAAGGAAUCCUCUAUAAAUUUAUUCUAAGCCUUUCAUAGUAAAAAAUGCCGGCAUCCGUCAUCUGUUUCCGAAUGGACGUUUGAUUUUCGAUGACAGUCAGUUUAUAAUGUUAAGCUGGGGUCACAAUAACGCCAAAUGUAUUUCUUUUUAAAUCGAGUAAUAAAAAUUGAUUGUUAAGUGAAUUUCUAUAAAUCAAAGCAAGACAUUAAUCUAUUGUUAUUACUUUAACUAAAACCGAACCUCAUUACGCGUAAUGUUGGUGAAAAUAAGCCCCAUAAUUACAUAAUUAAAUAUUCCCGCGUGAAUUUGAAUUUUUUUCUUUGUAAUUUUUGACAUUCUAUCUAUUUGACACUUCUUAAUUUGAUAUUGUAAGUUGUCUAUUCUCAGAGACUUAACCUCGAUGCAUAGAUCAAAAUCAUUUUUUUUUCUCCGCAAUGGUAAAUGGUACAAUAUAACUUGUCGAAGUUUUAACAAACGGUUAUGAAUAAUGAAUUUUAUCGAACGUUCGAUAGACUUAAAACACGUUUUAACUAAUGUAUGUAUAAACCUUCAAUAAGUGUUUUAUUAUUCAAUGUUAUCGCCUUGCAAUAAUACUGAAAACAAUACAAAAAGAACUCAUAUAUAGAAUGUGUACUUUUUGUAAAAAAAACAUUUAAUUAUGGACACGAGGCCAAAGUUAUCUAUAUUCCCGAAGUCUCGUGUUAGAUAUUAAUCCCAUAUGAAGGUCACCCAGCGCUUGUGACUGUAUCACAAAUGGGUUGGGCAUUUUUAACGAAAAAUAUUAAAUUUAUACUUAUUGUAUUAAAACAAAAUACUUAUUUUUUGGGGGGUAAAACUUUAUAGUAAUAUAGACUUCAAACAUUAUUAUGAAGGUUUUAGCUUUAUACAAAACAAUGAAAUAGUAUCAAACCCCAAAUAAUUUUAUAAGUGUUCAGUGGAGUUAUGUUAAGUAUAAAAAAAGUGUGCUAAUUUAAUCUGUUGUAUCUUUAAUACAUGCUACAAUUGGUAAUUUGGUAGUUCAGGUUAAAUUUUGUUAUUGAAUUAUAGUUAAUAAACUACUGAGUUUGAUUUAGCAGCCUGCUACUUUGUUUAACGUAAGUCUGAUUUAUAUGAUGUUGUGAAAAUUGUAACUUAAAAAAGACACAUCUAUAAUAAAUUAUUAUUAGUCACGUAACAGUAUGUACGCGAUAUGAUUUUUGCAUGAAGUUCCGUACAAUCAAUGAAGUUCUAUAUACAUAUAAGGACAUAUCAUUCGCAGUCUGAUAGCGGAAAGACAAAAGUGUGCUUAAAGACAAUGCAAGCACAGUUUUCUCCUUAAUAAUGUGUAAAUUGUCACUGUCCGAAUCAAAGCUGAACUGAAUAAAUGUUUUGCAUUGCUGCUUAUUGACCAAAAAUGGAGUAAAUGCGGCAAUGUAUAGAUGUAGAAGUCGAAGUUUAUUAUAGUGUAAUUUGUGGCAAGUUCCAUAUUUCGUAUAGUGAUAUGUCUAUACAUACCCCAGGCCCCGACUGACUGACCUUUUAAAGGACUACAUGUGUUUCAGUGUAUUUGAAAAUGUUAUGUUCAAUUACUGUUCUAAAUUUUGUACUUUGAGUUAAAAGAAUAGAGUUAUUUCGAUAGUGAUUUCGAUUAAAAGUUCAGUUUCACACUCGAUUCUAUCACAAAGCUUAUAUUAUUAAUAGUAGUAGUUUGUAAGUAAGCCAAGUUAAGAAAAUAUUCAAAUGUAACAACACUUCACUAUAUAAUGUAGGUAAAUAAUAAUAAAAUUAAUUGAAUGAUUGGUUCGCGCCAUCUUCUGUUAUAAAUUAUAAACACUGAAUCUCUUGUAUAUUUUUUUAGCUUCUGUCUAUAAAGGUCUCUAUUUAUACGAGAAAGAGUGCUCAUAUUAUAAACUAUAUGUUUUCAACAUAAUUGGUGCUGCAUCGUUAUUUAACCGAAACUGUAUAUAAUUUUAUGAGGUUUUAAAAAGUAAUAAAUAUUAUGCAAUCUCUUUGGCUAUUUUUAAGUUUUGUGAGUGAUAAUUAUAAGUGGUUGGUUAACGACUAUAUUGACAUAACAUCACAAAUGAUUGACAAUAAAAACUUGAAUAUUUAUUGAAAUGCCAUAAUAGAUUUUGCCAAAUUAAAUGUUAGCCAUAAUUAAAACUAUGCGAUAAAUGAAUAAUCUCACGGUUUCAUUGCAAAUUUAAACAUUCCAACAUGUAAGACAAUUUCUACGUUAAAAACAGAAAAAAAUAUUUUGCCAUUUAUAUAAUUUUUACACUUCAUAGCUACAGUUAAGAUUUUUUUAUUAUUUGGAACGAUCAGAUUCAGGCUAUGUGAAACUUUCUUUUUUUAUUUUCACAUAAUUUGUAUUUUUUUUACUAAAUAAAUGUAAUGAUAAAUAAUAUAAGGCAUUUAUUGGACUAAAUAAACGGCGAUUAUUUAUGAACUCUUAGGUAUAUUUAUCUUAUUCUAUCUAUCUUAACUUUGUAAGUUAUCAUAUAAGAUAAAUCUAUGUUGAGUAUUGCAACUAUCAUUAGUUUAUUGUUUAUAUAUACAGGGUUAUUGCAUUUCCGUCUCGAGUUUUAAAUUAUGUGUUUUGUUUGCUGAACCGAAGACUUAAAUAAAUUAUCAAAAAAUUGCUGAUUGGCAUCAUAAGAUUAUGAAUCGAAUAAAAUCAUAAGAAACUUUUUUAUUUGCUCACAUGGCCGAAGUAUCUAACUAAACAGCUAACUGGCGCGUGCCAUGGAAAAUGACCGUGCAUUAAAGCUCCGCUGGUGAAUUAUAUGUUAUUGUGCGCAGAAGUAAUAUGAUGCAUAUAAAUUUUAAUAUUCUAUAUUUUUGUGGGCAGAAAUAGAAUGAAUGAUGAUGAACACAUGAAUUUUAAGAAGAUUGUGUUUCCGUUAUUUUACUAUUAAUCUUAAAGCUUUAUUAAUUAUUCUACUCGGAUUGCUUGAUAUACCAUAUUUAUUCCCCAAGGCGACGCUACAAAAAAUAUCCUGUCUAUAUAAUAAUAAAGAUUUAAUGUAAUUUUUAUUUGCUCUGAAUCAUAUAUUAGAAAUUCUGAAGUUCCUUUCUGAUACUGUUGCUUCCCGUCUUGAUGUUAAAUACCUAUUAAAAUGUAUUCCAUCACAAACUAAUCUGAGUAUUUUGUAAACAACUAUGGCCUAAUAGUUUUUUCUGCAACUGUUGUGUAAUAGGGGGCAUUAAAACACGAAUGUGGGUUUAUCACACUAGGCUUCGCCUUGUGGUGAUUUUAAUACCUAAUUAUCAACCGUUGCAUACAAGACUUUAUCUACACCCAUAAUAUGAAUCCUCUAUAAAAGAUUCUGAAACAGUCAGCUUACUGCUAACAUUAAAAGGCCAGUCCUAGUAACCAUUAUAUCAUCCAAACGAGUGUUGUAAUGAAAAUGGAUGAUGUAAUGUUGUACUGAAUUUCAUUACAACACUGGUUUGUAUGAUGUAAUGGUUAUUAGUUUACUACCUAUAGAUAGGAAAGAAAUAUUUUUGGAGUUAGUAAAUAUUUUUGAUAUUUCUCGUGUUAUUAUCAUGUAUUUAGAGUUAAGUUAUUUUGAAUUAACUUAGGUGUUAUUAUAAUGUGCUCUACAUAAGAUAUUUUGAGAAUUUGAGUGUAGACAUCAUAUUUAUUUGCGGAAGCUAUUUGUUUACAUAUGCGGUUUAUUAAGUGGCUGAGAUUUAUUUUUAGCUUACUCUAACAAAAUCGUCUAUAACAGCUUUAAGCUAAACUAUGUUAAAUAUUAAUACUUGAAUAUUGUACCUAACAGAAGUUUUUAGACUAAGUGCAUGCCAAAUUAAUAAAAGUAAUUAGUACUGUAAAGGAA